AUGUCAUCCAAACUACCAAUCCGUAAAACGAUCGAUCCCCUGUUUAAAAUUGUUUCCGACUUGGACAAACCCUCCAUUCAAUCUUCAUCGCCUAUUCCGAUUGCACUGGACUCGGAUGAUGAACCGUACCGGAAAUCCAGCUACCAACGGUCGCGUCAGAAGGGCCACAAAAGUCGAAUCCCCGGACCAGUUAAGACAUACACGGGGGUGAUCGUUAGUCGAAGCAAGAGCGUAGAGGAUCUGCAAGCGGGAAACGACGAACAUCGAAGUCAAAACAGGAGUCGAAAAACAAGCGGAGACCAUCACGUGGAGCGGAUUGUCCGAGCCAAGGACCAUCAAAUCAAUAAGCUAGUUGAAAAGAUUACAACUUUAUUUGAAUGUAACAAUCAGUUUGCGAUCGAGAACGAGAAAUUGCAAAAAGAAUACCAGCAAGUGCAGCAGAAUCUGAAGGCACUGGAGACCACUAAACCGAAGAGUUGCGAUAGUUGUGCGGAAUUCGGGCAUGAGAGGGAAAAUCUUGCUAAGGAAAAUGGUGACCUGAGGAACGAUAUUAAAAUGAUGAAAAUUCUAGUCUAUCGAUUGAACGUUCAAGUCGAACGGUACCAGGAGGUGAUACGAAAGGAAAAGACAGUGAGGGGGGACAUUCCUAAAAUCGACUUCGUCGAUAGUUCGUACGGGGGAAGCAAAGACAAUCUGAACUGGGGACCGGUGAACUCGCACACCCUGGGACCUCUGCUGAAUGCGUACGAGGAAACGAUCGGGGAGAAAAACGAUCUGGUGCAACAGUAUGAACAGGAGCUGAUCGAUUUUACCGGGAAGCUGAAGCAAACGCUGGAGGAGAACGAAAAGCUUCACCGAGAUAUGGAGGAGAUCAAGAGCACUCAGAGCAGUUGGCUUUCGGAACGAGCGCGGUUGCAGGCGCAGAUUGAUGUGUUCAAAAGUAAGGCCGAAAUACAGGGCAAGCGGGCCGAUCUGGCGAAGGAGAAGUUGGUUGAAGUUUUGAAAUGUUACGAACAGAAAAUACAAGCUCAGUGCCUUGACAUCGAACGCUUGCAGGAAGCUUAUUCCAGGGCGAAAGGAGAAUUAACUUCCUUGAGGAAUCUUAAUCAAAGACCUGAGGUUGUAGUUGAAAGUAUGAAAGAAUGUCAAAGAUUAUUUGAAGAACUAAAAAUUCAGCAUCAUUCCGAAAAAACACGAUCCACAGAAGAAGCAGCGACGUGGAAAGCAACCAUUGAAGCGAAAGAUCAAGAGAUUUCCCAAUUGAAGUCACAUGUUGUCGAACAGCAGAAAAUUCUCGAGCGACACAAAGAAAUUAAUGAGGUCCUGAUGGAUAAGUCUAGAGCUCUCAAACAAUCGCUUCACCGCAGUAAACAAUCAAAAGAAGCUCUUAAAGCUCGCCUGAAAAGCGUGGCCGGCAGCAGCCGAAACGUUGAACAGCAACAACGCGAACCGCCGCGCGAUUAUUGGCCAACUAUUAAAGCUUUACAAGCUAAAAUUCUCGAACGGGACCAACAGCUUCAGGGCCUCCAGAUCCGACAUGCUGCAGAGAUCAAUCAACUACAGCGCCGACUGCAGCAACGUGAGGACAGCCUACGGAAGGUUCUCGAAGAGAAGGUGCAGUUUAGGAAGGUGUAG